AUGGAUGAGGACAGGGACGUGCCCAGACACACAGGGGUGCUCAGAAGUGACCUCCCUGCCAGGGCGGCUCUGAGCAACUCCUCCGAGACCUUGGUGACAGAGUUCAUCUUGCUGAGCUUCCCAGAGCUGUGCCAUCUGCAGGCCCUGCUGUUCGGGUCAUUCCUCACCAUCUAUGUGGUGACUGUCCUGGAGAACCUGGUCAUUGUGGUGACUGUCGGAGCCAACCACCAAUUGCACACACCCAUGUACUUCUUCCUGGCCAACCUGUCGGUGCUGGAGACCCUGUACACCUCAGUCACCGUCCCCAAGCUGCUGGCCGGCCUCCUGGCUUGGGCGAGGACCAUCUCCUUCUCGGGGUGCCUCACCCAGCUGUUCCUCUUCCUCUCCCUGGGCUCCUCCGAGUGCUUCCUCUUGGCUACCAUGGCCUGUGACCGGUACCUGGCCAUCUGUUGCCCGCUGCACUAUGCGGCCAUCAUGGACUGGAGGCUCUGCCUGAGCCUGGCCCUUAGCGCCUGGCUGGGUGGCUUCCUGGCCUCCUUCGUGUCCACGGCUCUCAUCUCCCGCCUCAGGUUCUGCGGCCCCAAUGUCCUCAACCACUUCUUCUGUGACAUCUCACCCCCGCUGCAGCUCUCCUGCUCAGACACCACCACCAUCGAAGUGCUGGACUUCAUAGCAGCCCUGGCUGUGCUUGCAACCUCCCUGCUGGUGACCAUGGUCUCCUACGCCUGCAUCCUGGCCACAGUGCUGAGGAUCCCAGGAAGGGCCGGCUGCCAGAAGGCCUUCUCCACCUGUGCUUCUCACCUGGUGGUCGUGGCCAUCUUCUACACCACCACCAUCUUCAUGUAUGCCCGGCCUCGUGCCGUCAGCUCCUUUGACCUCAACAAGCUGGUGUCCGUGGUCUAUUCGGUUGUGACCCCACUGCUCAACCCCAUCAUCUACUGCCUGCGGAACCGUGACAUCAGGGAGGCCCUGGCCAAACUCCACCGGACUCCCUGAGCACCAGCAGCAGGAGAAUUUCAAAUCCCUCCUCUGCCAUCUGCUCACGAACACCAGCCCACACCAGGCAGGCCAUGACCCCCUCCCACCCGCGUGCACGGCCAGCUCCUCUCCUCCCCUCACCCUGGGACGGGAGCACAGUGGCAGCGGCUGAAGCUCCAAAGGUUCUUGCCUCCUCUCCAGGGAGCUUCAGCACCGGAGCAGGGGACAGCUCCUGAGCAGCGAGGCGCUUGAUCUCCAGCUCCCGGGAAGGUCCCGCUCCACC